AAAGCUCCUGCAGUUUUGGAUGCGCACCGACUAGUGAAGUGGACGCGUUAACUCCUAGUGACUGCUUCCCUGUGCACACUUCUGCAAAGGGAUGGAACUGGAUUAAUGUGGUGCAGAAAAGUUGGGCUCUAUAUACUUGCUGGCGUGUUUCUUUGAUGCGUCGGAGUGAUGCAGAGUAAAAAGGACCGGGUUGGGAGUAACUUGGGUUGCGCGCUAGGUUGGCACCUCAGGUAGUUCGGCGCCUGGAUAAAGGUUGUUGUUUUUUUUUUUUGUCCUUCUGACAUGGUGAUACCACUCUUGGUGAGUUCGCCUGGAGCAUUAUGGAGAAAAGAAAUAGACUUUUCAGUUGUCUUCUCCUUAUGGUUCAGCUCUGUCUGAGCUCAUCACAAGUCCUCAGAAUCGGUGGAAUCUUUGAGACCCGAGAGAGCGAGCUGGUGAGCAUGGACGAGCUGGCUUUCAAGUUUGCUGUGAACAACAUAAACCGCAACAAGACCCUGAUGCCCAACACCACUCUCACCUAUGACAUUCAGAGGAUCAACCUCUUUGAUGGCUUUGAGGCUUCCAGGAGAGUGUGUGACCAGCUGGCUCUAGGCGUGGUUGCUGUGUUCGGCCCAUCACACAGCUCCUCCGUCAGCGCUGUUCAGUCUAUUUGUAACGCUCUGGAGGUCCCUCACAUCCAAACCCGCUGGAAACACCCAUCGGUGGACAACAAAGACACUUUCUUUAUCAAUCUGUAUCCUGAGUACACAGCCAUCGCAAGGGCCAUUCUGGAUGUGGUUACGUUUUUCAAGUGGAGGAAGCUGACAGUGGUCUAUGAGGACAGCACAGGUCUGAUGCGGAUGCAGGAGCUGAUCAAGGCUCCAGCAAAGUUCAACCUGAAAAUCAAAAUCCGCCAGCUGACCCCAGGUAAUCAAGAUGCCCGACCACUGCUGAAAGAACUGAAGAAAGACAAGGAGUUUUUCAUUAUCUUUGACUGCUCAUACCGCAUGGCUGCUGAACUCCUCAAGCAGCUUUCCUCAAUGGGAAUGAUGACAGAGUACUACCAUUUCUUCUUCACAACUUUGGAUUUGUUUGCCUUGGAUCUGGAGCCGUAUCGCUACAGUGGGGUCAACAUGACGGGCUUUAGGCUGCUGAAUAUAGAUGACCCAUGGGUAGCCUCCACUAUGGACAAAUGGGCCAUGGAAAGAUUACAAGGUCCCAAACAGGAGAGCGGACUGAUGGAUGGGGUCAUGACUACAGAUGCGGCCUUAAUGUAUGAUGCGGUUUUCAUGGUUGCUGUUGCAUCUCAGCGGGCUACUCAGAUGACCGUCAGCUCUCUGCAGUGUCACCGCCACAAACCAUGGCGCUUCGGCCCACGUUUCAUGAACCUUUUCAAAGAGGCACAGUGGGAUGGACUGACAGGCCACAUUGUUCUUAAUAAGACAGAUGGCCUGAGGAGAGACUUUGAUUUGGACAUCAUCAGCCUCAAAGAGGACGGCACUGCCAGGGGUAUUGUGGAGGCUGGAAGUCGGCUCACGAAAAGGUGGAUCAAGAUUGCCGUCUGGAACUCUUACAGAGGAAUGAACCUGACGGAGAAGUCCAUCCGAGACAAGAAUAACAAUGUGACAGAUUCGCUCGCUAACAGGACUCUUAUUGUCACCACGAUACUGGAAAAUCCAUAUGUGAUGUACAGAAAGUCAGACAAGGAGCUGGUUGGAAAUGAUCGCUUCGAAGGCUACUGUCUGGAUCUUCUGAAGGAGCUCUCUAACAUCUUGGGUUUCACCUAUGAAGUCAGACUGGUGGGUGAUGGGAAAUAUGGAGCCCAGAAUGACAAAGGAGAGUGGAACGGGAUGGUCCGUGAGCUGAUUGAUCAUGUAGCAGACCUGGCUGUGGCUCCACUGACCAUCACCUACGUCAGGGAGAAAGUGAUAGACUUUUCCAAGCCCUUCAUGACUUUAGGCAUCAGCAUCCUCUACCGCAAACCUAAUGGCACCAACCCAGGCGUGUUUUCCUUCCUUAAUCCCCUGUCUCCGGACAUCUGGAUGUAUGUGCUACUGGCCUGCACAGGGGUCAGCUGUGUGCUCUUUGUGAUUGCCAGAUUUACUCCAUAUGAGUGGUACAACCCACAUCCAUGCAACCCGUCCUCCACUUUAAUACAGAACAACUUCACUUUACUCAACAGUUUCUGGUUUGGCGUUGGUGCUCUCAUGCGGCAAGGAUCAGAGCUGAUGCCUAAGGCUCUGUCCACUCGUAUAGUCGGUGGAAUCUGGUGGUUCUUCACUUUAAUUAUCAUCUCCUCGUACACGGCCAACUUGGCUGCUUUCCUUACCGUGGAACGAAUGGACGCGCCCAUCGACUCGGCUGACGACCUAGCGAAGCAGACGAGGAUUGAAUACGGGGCAGUGAGGGACGGAUCCACUAUGACCUUCUUCAAGAAAUCAAAGAUUUCCACCUAUGAGAAAAUGUGGGCGUUCAUGAGCAGCAGGAAGAACACUGCGCUGGUUAAGAACAAUCGGGAAGGUAUUACUAGGGUGCUGACGACAGACUACGCCAUGCUGAUGGAGUCUACGAGCAUAGAGUACAUCAGCCAAAGAAACUGCAACCUCACACAGAUCGGAGGUCUCAUAGACUCCAAAGGCUACGGGGUGGGAACUCCUAUAGGUUCUCCAUACAGAGAUAAAGUGACCAUCGCCAUCCUUCAGCUGCAGGAGGAAGGCAAGCUGCACAUGAUGAAAGAGAAGUGGUGGAGAGGUAACGGCUGUCCGGAGGAGGACAACAAAGAGGCCAAUGCUCUAGGUGUGGAAAACAUUGGCGGCAUCUUCAUUGUCCUGGCUGCUGGUCUGGUGCUUUCUGUCUUUGUGGCUAUCGGCGAGUUCAUCUACAAAGCCCGCAGGAAUGCCGACAUAGAGGAGUGCAUGUCAUUUAGCGCCAUGAUGGAAGAGUUGGGUAUCUCCCUGCAGUGUUAUAAAGACACCAGGAGGAGGUCGCGACCCCACAGUGCAACGAGUUCAGCGUGCAUGUUCUGUCAACCCAAACGUACGACAAAGAGGGAGGAAGUGACACGCGACUCCAGCAUUUGAGCCUUGGGUUAAAAGACUGGUGGGACUGGAAUCAGUGACUGCUGUUUGAUCACUUCCUCAGAUUAAUUUGUGUGCUGCCGUAUGAUGCAAAUCUGUCUCCUCAUUACCUUUGUCAGAAUGUUUAAAUGUGUGGAUAAUUCACUUAGUAUAAGAAUUAUACUGUAGUUGUAGUCAAUUAAGUCUUAGCCUUGUAUCAACAUUAAUAAUCUAAUGUUUAAACAGGUGAUGACUAUGGAAAUGGAAGCUCUCUCAUGUUAACCCUUGCUGUUCCCUCAUGGCUGUAGUUUACUAUUCUGAGCAGUUUAACAGUCCAGUCUGAACUCUUUGUAGAUAUUCCCAUUGUGUAAUUUAAUGACAAUGUCAUUGGUUUUCAGAGUAAAAUAACUUUUGCAUUUUUUUAAAA